AUGGAAUACAAUGAUGCACAGGUGGCUGCACAUAUUCGUGGUAUCCUAUCAAGAGUUGCAGAGUCACAUCAGUCUUGUUCAUUCCCUCCUGAACAAUCUCGAUCAAUCACUUUAUCCUUAUAUCAAUCUUUUUCUUUUCUUUCUUUCCUCGGUAUAACUAUGGCUUUGAAGCUAUAUGGGUUUCCAAUGUCAUCCCCAACAGCUUGUGUGAUGACAUGCCUGGCAGAAAAAGAAGUAGAAUAUGAGAUUGUGAAUGUUGACCUUUCGAAAGGAGAACACAAAGUCCCUACUUUUCUCGCCAAAAAUCCAUUUGGUCAGAUACCAGUUUUGGAAGAUGGAUCUGUCACACUUUUUGAAUCUCGUGCAAUUACUUGGUACAUAGCCCAUAAGUACGAAUCGGGUACAGAUCUAUCUAGAAAUGAAAACAUGGAAGCCUCAGCAGUGGUCGGGGUAUGGUUAGAAGUGGAAUCCAAACAGUUCAACCCUGUUAUCCACACUAUCAUCUUCGAACAGUUAAUAAAGCCAGUAUUUUAUCACCAAACUCCUGAUCAAUCAAUAAUUGACGAGAAUCUGGCGAAACUGGUUCCAGUACUUGAUGUUUAUGACACUAGGUUGAGCUAUUCGAAGUAUUUGGCAUGUGAUUCUUUCACUCUUGCUGAUCUCCAUCACCUACCCUACAUUUACUAUUUCAUGAAGACUCCGUGGACUGAUAUGAUCACAUCUAGAGCUAAUGUUAGGGCAUGGUGGGAGGACAUUUCAGCAAGGCCAUCUUUUGUUAAGGUUGCUCAGCUGAUUGAGAUUCAGGAAUGAUUAACUGUUGAGUGAACUUACUGGGUUCUCAAUAAUUGAAAUAAAAUCUGAGUUUCAUAUUCAAGGUCAAAUCUGUUGUUAGGUUUCUCCAGAAAUAAUUUAAUAAAUUGAGGUUCUGAGAGCUGUUUUCAUGAGUGAUUUAAGGAUAUUACCACUACUGCAAUAUUGCAUUAUUGGUCCAAGGAGUUCUUGUGGUUUAUUUGAUUUUUAUUUAUGUUAUAGAUAAGAGUGAUGUUGGUUAGUUACUGGCCAUACACGCCAUACUUUAUUCAGAAGGUUGUUGUAUUUGAAUACUUAAUUCUAAUUCAAUGGAACCAGGAUUUUUCACUAUGUUUGUUUAUAA